CACCCUUUGUCCUCUAUGACAAAAACGACGAGAAAAUCAAGAGGGAAAUUCUCUUCUCAUUCAACCAAUAGCCGAGAGCCUAGAACAGAAGAAGAAAUAAGAAAGAGUAAUCAAUCGAGAAAGAAAUGGGUGGGAGUCAGAAGGCGCUGGGGACGACAGGGGAGUUCUUCAGGAGGAGGGACGAGUGGAGGAAGCACCCCAUGCUUUCCAAUCAGCUCCGCCACGCCACUCCCGGCCUCGGCAUCGCUCUCGUUGCAUUCGGCGUCUACCUUGUCGGCGAGCAGGUCUACGACCGCCUCAUCGCUCCCUCCCCCUCCUCCUCCUCCUCUCAUCACGCCCACUCUCAUUCUGUCUCUUCAACCUCCGCUACUCACUGAACAAAGAAUUCUGGCGGUCAGAUGGGUGGUCGUGCUUAGCAGGAGGAAAAAAUUGUGGCGUUUCUUAUAUUUCUCUGCCCUCUUUCUGCUUGAUGUUUGAAUAAAAUGUUUUCAGUUCGAGGGCCUUAACAAACUUGAAGGCUGUAAAUUUUAUUCACGCAGAGUUUUAAUAUGUUGUCGCUGCUCCCAGAAUGUCUACAUUUGAAGGUUGCAUCGCUUAAAGUUUAUGUUUAGUUUCUAUUCGUAUGUUCCUUUGAAUUGCAUAUUCUACUUCUAAGCUAAAUUCAUUUUAGGCUUAUGAUUAAA